UUGAAUUAGGAAGCAUACCCACACUGGCAUGGCGUUUUCUUUUGUAUACGCUUCACAUGCUGUGUUUGUACUAUGUUAACGUAUAAGUAGCCUCCCUACGUACGUGUGAUGUUGACUGUGGGCGCUUUGGCAGGUAGUUCCCCUACUGAUGCGUGGUACAUAUAGUGUGCUCAUUUGCAUGAAGCUUCCGUGCCUACACCUGGUGUUAGUCUGGUUUAUUCAGAGGUAGCGGUGGGCUGUGAAUUAUGGCUCCGACCCCCUGCUUACUACUGGUAAUACUUGCCGGCCUUUAUACUCACACUCUCGGUCUGACAACCACUUUGCCCUUUGAUGUCCGCUUGGUAAACGGUGAUAUAAAAAAUUCUGGUCGAGUGGAGGUCUUCCAUGCGGGAGAGUGGGGUUCUGUGUGUGGUGAUGGCUGGGGACAAAAUGAUGCUCUAGUUCUGUGCAGAAUGAUCGGAUACAGUGCUGGCCAACACGUAUAUCGUUCCUUACGUUAUGGCCGUCUUACAGACCCUGUAUGGAUGGCAGGUGUAGACUGUAACGGUACGGAGGACAGUCUCGCUGAUUGUUCCUUUGACGGAUGGGGUCAAGUUGGUUCUUGCAAUACCUAUCCCGCUUGUGUGUUCUGUUAUGACGUCACAGAAACAGACUUUGACAUCCGCCUGAGUGGAGGUCCGGAUCCCAAUGUGGGCCGUGUAGAAGUGUACUACAGUGGUUACUGGGGAAGUGUUUGUGGCCUAUACCACUGGGACGACAGAGACGCUAAUGUAACGUGCAGGAUGUUAGGAUACAGCGAUGGUCAUCAAAUAUAUCGCACCGUCCGUCAUGGCAGUCUUACAGACCCUGUCUGGAUGACAGGUGUAGACUGUAAGGGUACGGAGGACAGUCUAGAUGAUUGUUUAUUUGACGGAUGGGAUCAAAUUGGUGUUUGCUAUAGUUUUCCCGCUAGUGUUUUCUGUUAUAAUUUCACAGAAACAGACUUUGACAUCCGCCUGAGUGGAGGCCCGGAACCUAAUGUGGGCCGUGUAGAAGUGUUUUACAGUGGUUACUGGGGAAGUGUUUGCGGCUACUACGACUGGGACGACAGAGACGCUUAUGUAACUUGCAGGACGUUAGGAUACAGUGCUGGUUAUCAAAUAUAUCGGACCACCCGUUAUGGCAGUCUAACAGACCCUGUAUGGAUGGCAGGUGUAGACUGUACCGGUACGGAGGAAAGUCUAGCUGAUUGUUCCUUUGACGGAUGGGGUCAAGUUGGUUAUUGCAGUAGUUUCUCCGCUAGUGUUUUCUGUUAUAAUUUCAUAGAAACAGACUUUGACAUCCGCCUGCGUGGAGGUCCAGAACCCAAUGUGGGCCGUGUAGAAGUGUAUUACAGUGGUUACUGGGGAAGUGUUUGUGGCCUAUACGGCUGGGACAACAGAGAUGCUAAUGUCACGUGCAGGAUGUUAGGAUACAGUGCUGGUCAUCAAAUAUAUCGGACCACCCGUUAUGGCCGUCUUACAGAUCCUGUAUGGAUGGCAGGUGUAGACUGUAACGGUACGGAGGACAGUCUAGCGGAUUGUUCCUUUGACGGAUGGGGUCAAGCUGGUUUUUGCAGUAGUUACCCCGCUAGUGUUUUCUGUUAUUAUUUCACAGAAACAGACUUUGAUAUCCGCCUGAGUGGAGGUCCAGAACCAAAUGUGGGCCGUUUAGAAGUGUAUUACAGUGGUAACUGGGGAAGUGUUUGUGGCUUGAAUGACUGGGACGACAGAGACGCUAAUGUAACGUGUAGGAUGUUAGGAUACAGUGAUGGUCAUCAGUUAUAUCGCACCACACGUUAUGGCAGUCUUACAACUCCUAUAUGGAUGGCAGGUGUACACUGUAACGGUACGGAGGAUAGUCUAGCUGAUUGUUCCUUUGAUGGAUGGGGUAAAGCUGGUUCGUGCAGUAGUUACCCCGCGAGUGUUUUUUGUUAUAAUUUCACAGAAACAGACUUUGACAUCCGCCUGAGUGGAGGUCCAGAACCCAAUGUGGGUCGUGUAGAAGUGUACUACAGUGGUUACUGGGGAAGUGUUUGUGGUUACUACGACUGGGACGACAGGGACGCUAAUGUCACGUGCAGGAUGUUAGGAUACAGUGAUGGUCAUCAACUAUAUCGCAUCACCAGUUAUGGCCGUCUUACAGAUCCUGUAUGGAUGGCAGGUGUAGACUGUAACGGUACGGAGGACAGUCUCGCUGAUUGUUUUUUUGAGGGAUGGGGUCAAGUUGGUUAUUGCAGUAUAUAUCCCGCUAAUGUUUUCUGUUACAAUUUAACAGAAACAGACUUUGAUAUCCGUCUAAGUGGAGGUCUAGAACCCAAUGUGGGCCGUGUAGAAGUGUAUUACAGUGGUUACUGGGGAAGUGUUUGUGGCUACUACGACUGGGACGACAGUGAUGCUAAUGUAACGUGCAAGAUGUUAGGAUACAGUGUUGGUCAUCAAGUAUAUCGGAACAUCCGUUAUGGCAGGCUAACAUAUCCUAUAUGGAUGGCAGGUGUAGACUGUAACGGUACGGAGGACAGUCUCGCUGAUUGUUCCUUUGACGGAUGGGGUCAAGUUGGCUUUUGCAGUAUAUAUCCCGCUAAUGUUUUCUGCUAUAAUUCAACAGAAACAGAAUUCGAGGUCCGCCUAAGUGGAGGUCCAGAACCCAAUGUUGGCCGUGUAGAAGUGUAUUACAGUGGUUACUGGGGAAGUGUUUGUGGCCUAUACCACUGGGACGACAGAGACGCUAAUGUUAUAUGCAGGAUGUUAGGAUACAGUGCUGGUCGGCAAAUGUUUCGCACCACCCGUUAUGGCAGUCUAACAGAUCCUGUAUGGAUGGGUGGUGUAGACUGUGACGGCACGGAGGACAGUCUAGCCGAUUGUUCCUUUGACGGAUGGGGUCAAGUUGGUUAUUGCAGUAAUACCCCUGCUAGUGUUUUCUGUUAUAACUUAACAGUUCACUCUACAAUAGACAUUCGUCUGGUAGAUGGACCAAACAAUUACACCGGCCGAGUCGAGGUGUACUACAGUGGAUAUUGGGGAGGUGUUUGUUCUCACCGCUUUUCUUUUGGUGAUAAAGACGCAGCUGUCGCAUGCAGGAUGCUUCAAUAUAGUGAUGGUCGGGGUUUAUCGGCAGUGUACGGUCUUCCUAAUGAACCUAUAUGGAUGGACAAUGUACAAUGUGACGGUACAGAGUCCAGUCUGGCUGAUUGUCCUUUUGACGGUUGGGGAAAUGUUGACCACUGCUAUUAUCAAGCUUAUGUCACGUGCAACAACGUUUCAGGUAACUUAAUUUUUCUUUAUAAUACUGUUCGCGUAUGGAUUUUCUAAAAUGACCAAUUUUAUUCUAAAUGUUAUGUUUCCAUUAUUUAGCAAUAAACAAUUUCAAGGAAUACAAAAAUAGAAUUGUUUUUAUACCUUUUAAGACCAUUAAUAUUUUUUUUUAAAUAUGAUUUUAUUGAACAUUUGCUAUUUGUAACUGCCUUAUCAUUCAAAUUAGAUCAUAUUUAGACAAUAAUAGUCUCAACUGUAAGAGCAAUUUGAUGAUGUCCAUACAGGUACCAUAAAAUCGAUAUUUGUGAAAUCUGUUCUGUUUGUGCCUUUGUAUUAUAUCAAUGGUAUGAUUUUAUAUAACUUUUCGCUGGCUUUUAAAUAUCAUAUUUAGCACUUGCUUAUAAAGUAUUAUUUGUAUUUUCUUACCAUAUAUUAUUCAAUACUAAGUUAUAAAUGUUAAUUAAAUGGAUCUAUCAUACAUCAGGUAGGUAAACUUUUACUAACAUAUCAGUCGUAAUGGCAUAUUAGUCACGGAUCAACGUAUCCAGGUUUGUAUACAGUUAUCAAUUUGAGAUAUAUAACAACUGAUUGGUAGACAUUUGUAGACGUGUAUAUGUGUGUUGAUGUUUGUAUGUGUUUGUAUAUAUAUCACUUGAAUAUUAGUUUGAAGUAUUGAUCAGAUGCAGAUAAUAUGAUCACAUUAUUAUUUAACAACUGAUUGGUAGACAUUUGUAGACGUGUAUAUGUAUGUUUAUGUAUGGAUUUGUUUGUAUAUACAUUACUUGAAUAUUAGUUUUAAGUAUUGAUCAGAUACAGAUGAUGUGAUCACAUUAUUAUUUGUAUAACCUUAUAUCCAGUUAAAACGCUUUUUCUUGAAUUUUGUUAUUAAAAUUUCCACAUUCAGUUCGCUUGAAUUAAAUUUCUAUUUCUGAUUUAUUUAAUAUUUUUCGUACUUGUUUGUAUUAAAUUUACCUGAAUUAAGAUUUUUUAUAUAAAAUAUAGCAUUGAAAUGUUUAAUGUUUUCACGUUUGUUUCAAUCUUGCCAUUUUACUGAAUGAUAAUAAAUGCCGUUUACACUGAAUAAUUCAGGGAACUGUAAAUUAGCAGUUAUAAUUCAAAUUAUGUCAUCAAUAAUUAGAUAAAUGUCAAAGUAUUUUAUGAAAAACUAAUUACUCAUUUCCCUUAUGUUUAUGUCAGUAACCCAGUUUGUUUCAGAACAGAUGCCCCGGACUCCACCGGACAGCCAAAACCUAUCAUGUAUUGUAUGUCACAACAUAAAUGUAGUCACUGCACUGCCACUCGUGGUUUCAGCCAAAGCAGCGACUUUAUUUGGCUUAUGUUAACAAAAACAUUUUUUGGAGGUGACACUAAAUUCAUUAUUCGGACAGUUAAAUUAAAGUAAAUGUCCUGUUUUGAUUGGGUUGUUUAUUUAGUGAUUAAUCUUUAUAUGUAACUUGAAGUAGUGUUCUUCUAAAUCUGAAAUUCAUACACUUUAUGC